CUGUACUUGUCACAUGUCGCAAGUCCACAGCUGCACUCCGUAGCGGUUGCUGUGCUUUUGCCGGACGCUUCCUACAUACAUUACGCCAAAAGCUUAAUUGAACUUAAUUCAAUUGCAUUUAAAAUAUGGCGUCCGGCUUUAGCGUACUGUGUCUCUUAUUUCUAACCAUCUUGUCACUCCGUGACCUUCCCAUGGUCAACGGUGGAUUGACAUGGAGCCGGACGUUCUCCUACCGCAUUCCCUUCAGCAUUGACGCCGGUGAUACCUCGAAUUCCAAUUUGGGCAGUGUUUUCAGUAGUUUAUUUGGAGCUCUAACAUCCGAUACUGCCACGACCAGUCCGGGCGGCAGCUCCGAAAACACCGACGCUGCCACGGAAGAAAGCGGCAGCAACGGCAGCUCGGAUAAGAAAACCGACAGCAGCGCUUCUGAUCAGAAAACUGAUGACAGUACCUCCGAUUCCGGCAGCGGGGACAGCAGCACGAGCAACAACCGUGGAGAAACCGGAAGCAAAAGGAACAUCGCGCCGGCUCCUGCGGACAAGGAUACGUCGUCCACUUCCGGCAACGAGAUCGUGGAUAUUCAUAACAAAUACCGGCGUACCGCGGGCGCCGCCAAUAUGAAGAUGCUGAAAUGGAGUGAAUCUGCCGCGGGCCAGGCACAGGCAUGGGCAAACACCUGCCCUACGACGCUGAGUCCGCACAGUGAUGAAGCGAGUCGAGUUAUUCCAGGAUUUGAAUCAUGCGGUCAGAAUGUGGCCUGGCGGCAGGGCAGCGCCUUCUCAUGGCCGGACGCUCUGGAGCAGUGGUGGGCGGAAAAGGAGCAUUUCCGGUAUUGCAAACCACCGACCGGUCGUGUUAGACAUUACACGCAGCUAAUGUGGGCAGACACAGCUGUUGUGGGAUGUGCAGUCAGGACGGAUUGCAAUACGCUGGGACCGAAUACCAUCGUCUACGUGUGUAAUUAUUGCAAUGCUGGGAAUAUUAUAACUGAUGAGCCCAAUUCGCAAUAUUGCCCCUGGUGAACAUGGUCUACGAUGUAAAGUGAGAAGCGGGAUUUUUCCAGUGGUAAUUAUGCCGAUGAUUGUUUUGGUAUUUCCAUGGAUUUAAUUGGACCGAAACCGCAUGCAAUGCAAUCCAAUUAGCUGUGAUUAAACUUUGAACGCUGUAAUUAUUAUAACUAAAUGAAUGAUUAACAGCUGUUUUCUAAACUGCGCACACUGAUGAAUGCCGGUACGGUACAUGUGACACUGGUUGUUUUGUUGCAUGAAGAUUUUCUGACUUUGCGGAGUAUUUUGCGAUAACUAACGAUUCUUUUGCACAGAAAUGAGCAAAAAUAAAAUGACCUUUUUCAA